UAAACAAGAAAAACAAGAGAGGGAGAGAGACAAAAUUAGAACCAUGAAGUUUUCAAAUAAAGUUUUUUCGUUACUUUUUGCCUUUACCUUUAUUUUAUCCAUUCACGAGAUUUCCAAUGCAAUCGAUACUAUAACUACUACACAGACCCUCAGAGAUGGUAAGACCAUUGUUUCAUCAGACGGAACAUUUGAAUUGGGAUUUUUUAGUCCUGGAAAUUCCAAGAAUCGAUAUGUGGGCAUGUGGUACAAGAAGAUAACAGAUAUGAAGGUGGUAUGGGUUGCCAACAGAGAAGUUCCACUUACAAACACAUCAGGAGUACUCCUGAAGGUUGUCGAGCCAGGACUUUUAGUUCUGCAAAACGACAGCAAUGGUGUCGUCAUAUGGUCUUCUAACACAUCACGACAUGUGAAAUCUCCGGUUGCAAAGUUGCUGGACUCGGGAAAUCUUGUAGUGAAAGAUACAAAUGAUGAUGACCCGAAGAAAUUCCUCUGGGAGAGUUUUAAUUAUCCAACUGAUACAAUGUUCUCAGGAAUGAAGUUAGGUUGGAGCUUUAAAACUGAUCAUGAAGUGUAUCUAUCAUCGUGGAAGAGCAAAGAUGAUUCGUCUACGGGUGUAUUUACAUGUCACUUUGAUCCUACUGGUUAUCCACAACAAGUUUUGAAAAAAGGUUUGAUGGUGAUUUAUAAAACUGGACCUUGGAAUGGAGUCCGCUAUAGUGGGAGUCUAAUCUUGAGGAAAGAUCCUAUAUUCAAAUACGGAGUAGUUCUAAAUAAAAACGAGGCUUACUAUUAUUUUGAUGUCCUCGACAGAUCAAUUGUUUCAACAUAUACUUUAAUGGCAAAUGGUGCUACAGAGACCAUAUGGGUUACUCCAACAUAUGUGUGGGUGACUAACAGUAUAGCUGGAGCCGAUAUUUGUGAUAUUUAUGGAUUUUGUGGUGCAUAUGGUAGUUGCAAUAUUGCUAAUUCUCCGGUUUGUGGAUGUUUCGAUAAAUUCUUGCCUAAAGAUCCAGAUGGUUGGAACAGGAAAAAUUGGUCGAAUGGGUGCAUUCGUAGAACUCCCUUGAAUUGUUUAGAUGGAGAUGUAUUUCUUAAGUAUAUUGGUAUUAAGUUACCAGACACGCAAUAUUCCAGAAUUAACGAGAGUAUGACUCUCGAAGAAUGCAAGGUAGUGUGCUUAAAGAAUUGCACUUGUAUGGCUUAUACUAACUUAGAUAUAACCAGAGGGGGAAGUGGAUGCCUACUUUGGUUCAAAGAACUAAUUAACAUCAAAAUCCUAAGUGAAGCUGGACAAGAUAUCUACAUUAGAAUGUCUUCUUUUGAAUUAGAUAAGAAUAUUAACGAACUUGCUGUACAUUCGGAAGGGAAGAGAAGAAAAAUAUUGAUAACGAGUUUGACAUCAUUGAUGGGAGUUGUUCUGCUAGGCCUGAGUCUGAUGCUAUACUUCUGGAAGAGGAAGAAGAAUGUUCCAAAAGGAAGAAAAGGAGGAAGUAUUAUCAAAGACUUUGAGCUGCCAUUGUUCGAUUUGCCUACAAUUUCAAAGGCCACCAAUAACUUUUCAAUCAACAACAAGCUUGGACAAGGUGGAUAUGGGCUUGUUUAUAAGGGAACACUGGAAGAUGGAGAAGACAUUGCUGUGAAAAGGUUGUCAGAAACUUCCAUGCAAGGACUUGAUGAAUUCAUGAAUGAAGUGAUGUGUAUUGCCAAACUUCAGCAUCGAAAUCUUGUGAAACUUCUUGGAUGCUGCAUUCAAGGAGAGGAAAAGAUGUUGGUUUAUGAAUACAUGCCAAAUAAAAGCCUGGACUUCAUUCUAUUUGAUCAAGCAAAAAGUAGGUUGCUAGAUUGGCCCAAGCGCUUCCAUAUCAUCAAUGGUGUUGCAAGGGGGCUAUUGUAUCUUCAUCAAGAUUCUCGGAUGAGAAUUAUUCAUAGAGAUCUCAAAGCAAGUAACAUAUUGCUAGAUGCUGACAUGAAUCCAAGGAUAUCAGAUUUUGGUCUGGCUAAAAGUUUUGGAGGGAAUGAGGCUAAAGCUAAGACUAGCCGGGUUGUGGGAACACAUGGAUACAUGUCGCCGGAGUAUGUAGUGGAUGGCCUAUUCUCCUUAAAAUCAGAUGUAUUUAGUUUUGGUGUCUUAGUGCUAGAAAUUGUGAGUGGGAGAAAAAACUGGGGAUUUUCUCAUAGUGAUCACCGUUUCAACCUUCUUGGACAUGCAUGGAUACUUUACAAAGAAGGUAGGUCACAGGAAGUUGUUGGCACUUGUUCAGAUGAUUCGGAAUACUUCAAUGAAGUCUUAAGAUCAAUUCAUGUGGGUCUUCUAUGUGUGCAAAAAUGUCCAGGAGACAGGCCAAGGAUGUCUACAGUUGUUUUUAUGUUGGAGAAUGAUGGUGCAUUGCCUGAAGCUAAACAACCUGGUUUUUUCACAGAAAGAGAAGUAUUUCCUGCUGAGAGUUCAACUAGCACAAAUGCUGCCAUCUCAUCCUGCAAAAUGAGCAUUACUCUGCCAGAAGGUAGAUAGGAAUAGUUUGUAUACUUAUAUUACAUUAUUUAUCCAAUGCUCAUUUCUUCGCCUAGGAAAGGUUCUGUUUCUUAUAUCAGUAUGCGAUGAUUUCAUUAUGGUGAGAUCAUUUUUAAAGUGUCAAUGUUUUCAAGUAUAACAUAAGAGUUGAUGACAGUUAUUAUAUGACAACUGAUAUAAUUCAAAUUAGGCUAUAAUAAUGUAUUUGCAUCGCAAUUUAUAUCCAAUUUUUAUGU